AUGGGGGAUCUUAAAAAGAGGAACGAGCAGUAUUGUGAGUUCCACUCUGACAAAGGGCAUCACACCAACGAUUGCUGGCAGUUGAAAAGGCAGAUAGAAGAUGCCGUGAAAUCUGGUCAGUUGGCCCAUUUAGUAAGAGAAAUUAAAGAGGAGAAUAAAGGUGCAAGAGGUGGGAGACAAAGUGGCUCCUGGAACAAAGAAAGAGACAACAGAGGAAAGAUGAAAGAGGUUCAGAUGUUUGGAAGGAGUCAAAUGGGGGAGUCAAGGAAAAGAAAGAUACCUGAAAGUUGGAUGAACGUUCCCAUCACAUUCCCUCCCCCCGGAAUGGUGGAUUUGACUGCCAAUCCAAUGAUCAUCACAGGAAUCAUCGGGGAUCAAAGGAUCCAUCGUAUUUAUAUCGAUGGAGGUGCAUCUGUUGAGCUGAUGUAUGAACAUUGUUUCCUCCAGCUCCCUGCUCAAACCAGACAGUUAAUGACAAGGGCUGAGGCACCAUUAGUGGGAUUUGCAGGGGAGGUCGUAUGGCCCCUUGGGCAAAUUCUUUUGCCUAUUAAAUUGGGGGAACCUCCAUUAUGUCGAACUGAAGAAAUGGAUUUCGCGGUAGUAAGAGCUCCAUCCUCAAGAUACAAUAUGAUAAUAGGAAGGCCAGGGAUGAGAACUUUGGGAGCAGUAACCUCCACUCCGCAUGCAGAAAUGAGAUUCCCAACCCCCUGGGGAGUAGCCAUUGUAAGCGCUGAAAUGGCAAAGGUAGAUGAAUGCCAACGAAUUGAAGAAGAUGACUUAAAAUUUACUAAGGAAUCUCGUAAUGUGAAAGAAGAAAGGGUAAUGAUUCACCCUCAUUACCCGGAUUAA